GUCAUUAGGAGAGGCGGAAUCGGGAGAGGGAAAAGGCAGGAAGUAGUUUCAGUGUUUACGACUACGGCAAGAGGAAGAUGGCGGCGGUAGAGGAUCAUGGUGUUUCUUCGCCUGGGAUGGCUACUUCUGACACAUCAGAAGAACCUGCUUCCAUUACAACAGAAGAAAUGGCUGCACAGAAGAGAGAGGAGCGACUUAGGAAAUUCAGAGAGCUUCAUUUGAAAAGGAAUGAAGCCCGCAAGUUAAAUCAUCAGGAGGUUGUGGAGGAAGAUAAAAGGCUGAAAUUGCCAACAAACUGGGAAGCAAAAAAGGCACGUUUAGAAUGGGAACUAAAAGUGGAGGAAAAGAAAAAGGAGUGUGUGGCAAAAGGAGAAGAUUAUGAGAGAGUGAAGCUGUUAGAAAUCAGUGCAGAGGAUGCUGAACGUUUUGAGAGGAAGAGGAAGAAGAAAAAUCCUGAUCUUGGAUUUUCUGAUUAUGCAGCAGCCCAGUUACGCCAGUACCAGAGGUUGACCAGGCAGAUCAAACCUGACCUGGAGAAAUAUGAAAAACUCAGAGAAGAAAGUGGCGAAGAUUUAUUUCCGACUUCAAAUAGCCUUCUCCACGGGACUCAUGUGCCAUGUAAAGAAGGGGUUGAUAGAAUGGUUUCGGAUCUUGAAAAACAAAUCCAAAAACGUGAAAAAUACAGCCGGAGACGAUCAUACAAUGAUGAUGCAGAUAUUGACUACAUUAAUGAGAGAAAUGCCAAGUUCAACAAGAAGGCUGAGAGGUUCUAUGGGAAAUAUACUGCAGAGAUUAAACAGAAUUUGGAAAGAGGAACAGCUGUCUAAGCUAGAAAGUUCCAGAGGCAGAUUCAGCAUUGUAGCUGCCUGCUUUUUCAGAAAUUCCCUAAGUGUAAAACCUGUUUUGCAAAAGCACCUUAAACUGUAAACCAAGGUAGUACGAAUAUUAAGCUUGUCCAAGAAGUAUUGCUCCUCAAGAACAAAUUUGUCUUGAACAGAAAUACUGUAGGUAUGUAACCAUUGAAAACAAAUCAUUUGAAUUUUGGCAGAGAACCCCUUUUCUGUUCCUUUUCAUAUCUUAAGUCUAGGUUCCAGCUAAAGCAAAUUUGUUUCACAUUUUUUUUUAAUGUAUCUGAGGUUUCUAUGAAAACCACUGCCUUUGUAUAUGGUAAAAGGCUGCAUUUUUACUCAAGCUCAAAUGUAAACUUGUAAGUUGUAUGUUGGUUUGAUUAAAUUAGUUAUCCAACUA